UAUUAAUUUGCCUUACUUUCUUUCCUUCAAAAAAGCAACUUGUUCUUCGCCAUGGCGGGUCCGUAUUAUGCCAAAGACCUUCGGCAAUCGGAGCUCUUAUCCAUCGGUAGACACCGAGAAGAAGCACACAUAUGGACGUUGAAGGUGGGGGAGCUUACAUAUAAUAAGUUCGACUCUGCCCCUCCAUCAACCAUACAACAUCAUCCAUUGCAACGAAAGAAACUAGUAGUCUCUAGACGAACCAUCAAUAUCUCUAUAUUCACAAUGGCAAUCAAGUCGCUAGAGAUUAGACCGCUCAGCAUCCCCUCGACAUCGGCGGUCGAUUUUGGCGUUGAGAUUCACAAUGUGGACCUCGAAAACUUGACAGAAGAUGACUUCGAUCUCAUCCAGAAUGCGGUCUACAAAUCUCAUAUCGCCGUUAUCAAGAACCAAGCUGGUCUCUCGCCCAAAGCACAGUAUGAGCUCACCAAGCGCUUCGAUCCCACUACAGACAAUUACGGGCAUGGAAAAACUUUGAAUGCCAAACGAUCGGUCCUUCACCCGGAUCUCAAAACAAUUCCGCACCAACCUCAAGUACAAGUUAUUGGAAACGGAUACUAUGACGAAUAUGAGGGACUGAAAAACAUGUAAGCAGAAGACAUCAAGUUUUUAAGUAAUAUUUACGACAAUGAGAACUAACCUUUCUUCAGCACCCUCAAGCACCCCCACCAUAAGAAGUUUCACCAAGACGCAAUUCUAGAGGAGGACGAUCUCAAUGCAACACGGUUCUUCCGAUGGCACAUGGAUGCGGCCCUGUACGCCCUCAACCCUCCAAAAAUCACCUCUCUCAUGGCUGUGAAAGUGCCAGAGGGCAGACGUCAGACUCUGCGAUAUGACGAUGGAACAGGAGAGGAAAUGGAUGUUCCACUUGGUACAACAGCAUUCGUGUCUGGGCAAAACAUGUACAGAAUCUUGAGUGAGGAAGACAAAAAGUUUGUUCGAGAAGCCAAGGUCGAAUAUGCUGCUCACCCUUACAUCUGGAUGUCUCCAGCGAAGAGCCGCUCAGAUGGUUUGGGGAUGCUUUCUGAAGGUCUAGAGCUUCCAAAUUCCGAAUUACCGCCCAUAAACGAAAAGGAUAUCAAAAUCCUCCCAAUGUGCUACAAGAAUCCUGUCACGGGAAACCUUGCACUCCAAAUCCACCCAAGUGCUGUGAAAGCCAUCCACCUUCCAAACGGGGAAAUCAUGACCGAUUUAAAGGAGGUUCGGGAUCUUAUCCACCGUCUCCAGAGGCCAGGAAUCUCACCACAACAUGUCUAUCCUCAUGAUUGGGUUGAAGGUGAUCUGGUCCUUUUCAACAACCAGGGUGUUUUGCACACUGUUGUUGGUGCUUUCACACCCGAGGAGAAGAGACUGUUCAGACAGUGCAACAUGGCCAGCAAUGAAGGUGUCUUGGGUCCUGAUGGAAAGCGCUACUAAGCGUUGAUUCAGGUCUCGGAACAUGUGCAGGAAGAAUAUACGAUAUUGCUUCGAAACUUUUGUUUUAUUUGUUUGCAUUUGCGUUGUUGCUAAAGGGAGCAAUUACGAACUCGGCGUUUAGACGUAACAAGCGUAUACCCAUGUUUUUCGGCUUUGGUUACGGUAUCGUUUCUUUUAUAAAUUUAGAGUACAACAAGAAUAUCUUGUCAUGUUGUUUGAAGUUUUGGCUUAAAAGUGAAAGCACCUCUUGAAUGCCACCACAGAUCUAACCCAGCAGAAAACCAAGAUAAUAACAAUGUAUUCUCCGAAGUACCUUGCCAUCUAGUCCAUUGAAAAAGACCUCUCUAUAUCCUGAUAAUCUCAUAAUUCGUUAAUCGUAGCUUUAACUAAUAAUACAACUCUAUUGCAAUCCAUCAUGACGAGAGGCCACCGCGUAUAAGUCCACUCUUAAAAUCGGCACCCCCCACACCUAGCUCAUCCGGAGGAAAAGACCGUGAUUCAGGAGACGCCGCGGGUAACGUAGAAGGUAAAGGCAAAGCAUCAGCCAUUGGGAAAGCCUCGCGUCUGUGAGAUGCUCCCCCUUUCAGGCGGAAUCCACUACCUCCUACUCCGGUGUUGUCAGGUACUGCUGCUGAAGCAUCUCUUUCGAUGACAAUCAGAUCUGGAAUCGCAGAUAAGACUGGUGAAUCUGCGAUGGCAACGCUGCUUGAGGUGGGAAGUGGCGCGGCGAACGAGAGAGAGAGGAUAACGGAGGCGAUCAGGAGGAUGAGGCGGACCAUUUUGAGACUGAGAUGGUGGAACGUAAAAGCGGUUCUUGGUAUUUGGAAAAAGAAAAGGUAGGUGGGAUUGACGGAAGAAAACGUGAGAGUUUUCAGACUUCGAAAGAAAGCAGAUUAGAAUGUGACAUAUAGAAAGUAAUGAGAGAAGCGAGAAUCUGUAUUAGGAGAUUUGUAGGCUAUGAAAGAAAGGAGAUAUAAGGUGGCCUGCUGGAGGAUGUUUAAAGGAAACUUUCGAAGGAACUCUCAACCUUUAUAUCAAUGAGAUAGAAAGAUGGAAAGAAUCUCGAGGCCGAGCAGAAUUCGUAUCACUCCCUGGAGUUAUUUUGGUACAUCGGCUCCAGAAGCGUCAACUUCCCAUCGUUAAAAUGCGGAGCUUGAACAUGCCGCAUAUGGCGUAAACACUCAGCCAGCUGCCAGAGACAAAGGUACGUGAAUAACUCUGUGUUACACGCAAGUGACGUGCACACCAUCGCGAUGGACUCUUUCCACAUGCAGCUGCCGGAGUAUAUCCAAUUAUGGCCCCGCUCUGAUGACACCCAUAUACUUGUGAAGUCUUAAUAUUAUGGGUAACCUUGUUUCGGUGGACAAACUGCAGACCGAAGGCGUAGAAGCUUAAAGUAUGACAAUCAGCACUUGCAUUCAUGGCUAUUUCGUUGAUGGGAUUGGGUCUGAAUAGGGUCGUGUUGAAGAACGGAAACUUUUGAGGAGGGCGAGCCGCGAUAUUUUUAGAUCAAAGUGGAAAGAAAAAGGAAUCCAUUGGCUGACGCUGUGCCACUAAAGGUGGCUCAAAAUAAACGCCCCAGACUUUUGUGGGCGCCAAUUAAGCGAGCGGCCACUCAAGCAACCACGACCAGAGACAUUUCUUCAGCACAAAUCAAACAGCCACUCUUAAGCCAGAGAAUUUCGAAAUGCUGGUAAGCUGCGCCCCGGGUUGGAUCCCCAUCGUAUAGAUCGCAAGAAAAAC